GAGCCGCAGAUCCCCGCCAGAGUCAACGGUCCGACUUCCCGCCCGCGCCCCUCCUGCCGCAGCUGCCGGGCCGCUGUCUAGAUCCCCAGCCUCGCCACCAUGAGAGUCCCGCUGGCGUGCCUGCUCCUCUGUGCUCUGACUGUGAGCAACUGCAAAGACCGCCAUGACCUCCAUCCAGCAUCUGGUGCAUCAAACUGUGCCUGUCUGAAUGGAGGGAUAUGUGUGUCCUACAAGUACUUCUCCAACAUUCAGCGAUGCAGCUGCCCAAAGAAAUUCCAGGGGGAAUACUGUGAGAUAGAUGCAUCGAAAACCUGCUAUCAGGGAAAUGGUCACUCUUACCGAGGGAAGGCCAACACUGACUUCAUGGACCGGCCCUGCCUGACCUGGGACUCUGUCAAUGUCCUUCUGAAACCAUAUAAUGCCCAAAUACCUGAUGCUCUUCAGCUGGGCCUGGGGAAACACAAUUACUGCAGGAACCCAGACAACCGGGGAAGGCCCUGGUGCUAUGUGCAGGUUGGCCGAAAGUCGCAUGUCCGAGAGUGCAAGGUGCACAGCUGCUCUUUGGGUGAACAUCCCUCUCUUUCUCGUCCUAAAGCAAAGUUUCAGUGUGGUCAGAAGGCUCUGAGGCCCCGCUUUAAGAUUGUUGGGGGAGACUUCAUCAGCAUUGAGGACCAGCCUUGGUUUGCAGCCAUCUAUAGGAAGCACCGUGGAGGUUCUGUCAACUACGUGUGCGGGGGCAGCCUCAUCAGCCCUUGCUGGGUGGUCAGCGCCACACACUGCUUCAUUAAUCACCAAAAGAAGGAGGACUAUAUUGUCUACCUGGGUCGGUCGAAGCUUAACUCCAAUACACUGGGGGAGAUGAAGCUCGAGGUGGAAAAUCUCAUCUUGCACGAGGACUAUAGCGCUGACACACUCGCUCACCACAAUGAUAUAGCCUUGCUGAAGAUCGUUUCCACCUCGGGCCAGUGUGCACAGCCAUCCCGGUCCAUACAGACCAUCUGCCUGCCCCCAAAGUAUGACGAUGCUCAUUUUGGCACAAGCUGUGAGAUCACUGGCUUUGGAAAAGAGAAUUCCACUGACUAUCUCUAUCCAGAGCAACUGAAAAAGAGUUUUGUGAAUCUGAUUUCCUACCAGGAGUGUCAGCAGCCCCACUACUAUGGCUCUGAAGUCACUACCAAUAUGCUGUGUGCUGCUGACCCACAGUGGAAAACAGAUACUUGCCAGGGAGACUCAGGAGGGCCCCUGGUCUGCUCAAUCAAAGACCGCCUGACUCUGACUGGGAUUGUGAGCUGGGGCCGUGACUGUGCCAUGAAGGACAAACCAGGUGUCUACACGAGGGUCGCACGCUUCCUGCCUUGGAUCAGCACUAAGACCGGCCUACCCCUCUGAAGGUCCCCAGGGAGCCAAGGGAGAAGGGCACUACCCUCUCCCAUGCUGACUGUCAUUUUUGCACUUGGUCCAUCUGUACCAGCCAUAUAUAUAAGGAAGAGACUGAGGAAGAUAGGCUCUGCAGAGAUGGUUUCGCUUGUGCUGCCCACCAGGAUGAGCAACAAUAAUAGCUUUACCCUCAGAUGCAGGUCUGGGUGCUGGGCGCACAGAUCCCCACUGGCCAGAAUGGAGGGGUGGUCCUGAUCCAGGAUGGUGCUGACCAGUAGUUUGUCUUUUUCUGGAUUAAAGCCUUCUGGAGAUGAAAAUGGCAUCUCCUAUGCAUGGGAAGGAAAGCUAGCUCCCCUAACAGUGGACAUUUAUGAGGCCUAUUAUUGGGAAACGAAUAAUUUCCCAAUUAGGAAGUGUAACAUAACUGAUGUCUCUUGAGGGAGCUUGGCCAAUGUGGGAGCAGUGGUUUGGGGAGUAGGGACACUAAUAGCUUGAGGGCUCUGACAUUCCAUGAAUGUAUCAGGAAAUAUUAUAUAUACAUGUAUAUGUUUGCACACUUGUGCACAGGCUGUGAGUAGUCAGAGUGAGUAAGAGCUGGUGUUCCUAUGUCUAACAUAAGUCUAGACAUUUCCCUAAACUGGAUGGACUGUGAUGUCACAUAGAAUGCUCUGUCAGGAGAGGUCAUGGGUCACUCCUGCCUCUUGAGUUCCCCAUAUAAUAAUGCCUAUGAAUGUACCAUUCUGAGGCAUGGCACAUGACCACCAUUAAAAUUUCAGUUUCACUUUCACAUAAAUGUCCCUUUUCUGGACAGUUAUUGAUUCUGACCUUCCAGCUGAGUUCAUCCAAUCCUCAUUGGGUGGGGUGAGGACCACUCCUGUACACUGAAUAUUUAAUAAUUCUGCUAUUUUUAUUUAUAUCUAUUUUUAUAAUUUUGAAUAACGAUGAUUAAUAAAAUGUGACUUUUCUGAAGACUUUCUUCCCUGGUGCUUUUAUGGGAGGAGUUGGGGAGCAUAAAAAGUAGAAAAUGACCAUGGUGGCAUGAACCCAAGUUUCUCGUGG